UAGAUACCAGAUCACGACCGAGAGUCAAGAUGGAGGUCGACUGACGGAUCAAAAGACUGGCUUUUAGCAAUGAUUAACCGCGAAUGAUACCAGAUAUUCUACCAUAAUCAUGUCUGGUGGUAAUGGGAAUAGCGAGGCUGUUAUCUUGGCUACGGCUGGGUACGAUCAUACUAUACGUUUCUGGCAAGCACACAGUGGAAUAUGUUGUCGAACUGCUCAACACCCAGAUUCGCAGGUGAAUGCUAUGGAAAUUACACCAGACCGCCAGUCAUUGGCUGCGGCAGGGUAUCAACACAUUAGGAUGUACGAUAUCAGCUCGGCAAACCCAAACCCAGUUGUGAACUAUGAUGGAGUCUCCAAGAAUGUGACAGCGGUUGGUUUCCACGAAGAUGGUAAAUGGAUGUUUACAGGAGGAGAAGAUUCCUCAGCAAGAAUAUGGGAUCUAAGGUCGCGCAAUCUUCAGUGUCAAAGAGUUUUUCAAGUCAAUGCUCCAGUAAAUUGUGUUUGUCUUCAUCCGAACCAGGGGGAGCUUAUUGUUGGAGAUCAAAGUGGAGCCAUUCACAUGUGGGAUUUGAGGACAGAUCACAAUGAACAGUUGAUUCCAGAUGAAAAUGCUUCAGUCUUGUCAAUAAGUAUUGAUAGAGAAGCUUCAUAUAUGGCAGCAGUAAACAACAAGGGUAAUUGCUAUGUUUGGAGUCUGUCUGGUGGAACGAAUGAAGAUCCAACAGUACUUCAUCCCAAGACGAAGAUUGAAUCACAUGAAAGAUAUGCUUUGAAAUGUCAGUUCAGUCCUGACUCAUGUCUACUAGCCACUACCUCAGCUGACCAGUCCGUCAAGAUAUGGCAAACAGCUGACUUUUCUCUCAAAACCACUCUCCAAGAUGCCACACAAAGAUGGGUUUGGGACUGUGCCUUCUCUGAAGACUCCCAAUAUCUUGUCACAGCUUCUUCAGACAACAUUGCUCGCUUAUGGAACAUUGAUGCUGGAGAGGUGGUACGAGAAUACAAAGGUCAUCAGAAAGCAGUUAUAAGCCUUGCCUUUAGAGAUGCACAAGUCAACUAAAGCCAAAUAUUGUAACCUUGCAAAUUAAUUCAUGUAAUGUUUUGAUUUUCACUUCAGACCAUGUCAUUCCCUAAAGCAUCAUAUAAACUCGAAAAUUAGCUAAGAAAUUCCUUUUUCCCCCGGCUACAGAUGAUUGUACAGGCUUAGCAUUGUUUUUGAGUAUUUUUAACCUUUGAAAAUAUAUAAUGUGAUUAAGAAAUAUGGUAUUAAAAAGAGAAGAACAUUUGUGUACACUGAAUAAAUGAAUACAUUUGAAUAUCA